ACGGCCCGGGUUCUUUUACGCCUGCUAAAUUAGGUUACUUUCAUGUCGGCUAUUGCGUAGGCUAUAUAAAUGUGCGUCGCGGUGAAGUACACAUGCACAUCGCAGCUCGGUCCUGUACUGUACUUCACAACCAACUUCAGCAGAGUGAACUAUUGAGCUUUUGAAAGGAAACCACGGACGCCGAAAAGUUGUUAAACCUUUACAGGACAUUUUCACUGGUGAAGCCAACGCUGGAAGUAUGGACGAUUUAGACGCUUUGUUGGCGGACCUGGAAUCCACGACAUCCCACAUUUCCAAGCGGCCUGUGUUCCUGUCUGAGGAAACCCCCUACUCUUUCCCCACUGGGGGAAACUCCUACCAGGAUGUGUCAGUCCCUCCCCCGGUGCCGCCCCCUCCCUCCGCUGAGGCUCUGAAUGGCUCUGUGAUUGACUCCCUCCACUCCUCCCAACAGUCCUUGGGUUCAGCUCCGAAGAGCUCAUGGUCCAGGGACAGUAGCAGCCCACCCCUGUCCCACAAUGAAGAGGACCACGUCUACAGUUUCCCCAACAAACAGAAGUCUGCUGACCCAUCUGCGGCUGCCAUGAGCUCCGCGCUAGGCAGUAACCUGUCAGAGCUAGACCGGCUGCUCCUGGAGCUCAAUGCUGUCCAGCAGAACUCUCCCUCUUUCCCCACCACAGAGGAAACCGCCCCACCCCUGCCAUCCUGCAGCAUUACCAACUAUGUGCAGCAAAACGGGGGCCCCCCUGACAUCAUGGUGAGCCCUCCCGUUCAGGAGAAGCCCAAACAGAAUGGGACCAGGGUGGUGGAGGAUGGCCGGCCCACAGUGGAGAGUCUGCUGGAUGAGCUGGAGGGUUCUGUACCCAAUCACAGCCCCUCUGUUCUUCACAGUGAGUUGGACUCUCCCUCUCAGCAGCAGGCCAGAAUCUCAGCAUCCUGUGCUACACGCGAGCUAGAUGAGCUCAUGGCCUCCCUGUCCGACUUCAAGCUGGAUCAAGCAGAAAUCUCCCCCAGCAGCACUCUGGAGGUCCAUCCUCAUCCACGUACCCCCUCCUCCCCUGUUGCAGCUGCCCCCUCCCCCCUCCUUCCCUCUCAAUCUGCCUGUGACUCCCCUCUCUUCUCACUGCCUGACUGGGAGCUGCACAUAGAGGAGGAAGGUAGGGGGGGAGUGUCCUCUCCACAUCCCUCAUUAUCAAGCCCUCCCCCAGCAACUGUAACCUUCCAGAGCCCUCUGUUCUUUGAAGAGAGUGAACCAGAAGCCUUCAUCGACGUCUCUGCCACCAUGCUGUCCUCUCAUCAGAAGUCCUUGGUAUUCCUCAACCACUCCAAACCUUCACCUAGCACAGACACCGGUCCUCUCAAUGCUGCUAAACCAUCACUCACCUCAGCCAGCACCACGCUGGACCAGAACCCCUUAAAAUCCCCUAGUCCCUCUCUAGAACGUGGCAUAACUCCUCCCUCUGUUACCAAAAGCCCCAGUCCCCUAACUGACAUGGAUCUAAGUUUAUCUACUCCAACUACUACUAAGAGCCUUAGUCCUGUUCCUUUCUCUUACUCCAAGUCCGCUACUCCUCUCACUGCUUCGAAAGCCCCCUCGCCAUCUCUGGUCACAUAUCCCAAGGCCCCCCCUCCCCCAGCUCUCACUAGCCCCAUGAUCUCAAGGAGAGUGCUGGAGCCAGUCCCUGCAGAUGAGCCCUCUCUGGAUGAAGCCCUGGAUAAGCUGCAGCCGGACACCACCGGAAGUACCCGGGACGGGGCAAGAACCGGGGACGAGGCAAGUACCCAUGAAGGGACAUUUACCCGGGAUGGGUCAGUAAUAAGUGGACAUGUUGAUGGGUAUAGGGAGCUCAUGGACUGGGCCGAUGUGGAGCUGAACAUGUGUCUCCAAGAUGGACUGGAUGGUGGUAUGACUCCUAAUACAGAGAGACCUUAUACAGAUGGGAGCAUGACCCCGACGACUGAGGCCAGCUGGAUGGAUGAGUCCCUGGAUGGCUCCUCCUGCCCUGGGACUUCUGAUGCUUCCCUGGACCUGCCUCUGCUGCAGCAUGCCACUGUGGACAGGGUCUCAGCAUCUGGACAUCUUAAAUCAGUGAUUAGGCGCACCAAGGAGACCUCCAACGUACACCCCAUGUACCGAGAGGAUCACCCCCGGAGGGGGCGGGUGGGCCCCAUCAUUGUCAACAAGAGCAGCUCCCAGGACCGCCUCAUAGAGGAGCUGCAGGGGAAGCUGGGGAUUGGUCGAUUGGCUGACCGCCGGCGUAAGCAGCCGGACGAUUGGCUCACUGAGGGUAUCAUCGUCAUGUCCAAGCCACAGCGCUUCCGUGGCGACAGGGCCGCGAACGAGGUGGACAAGAUCAUUAUUCCCCCAGAGUCCCCUCUACCUCAGAGGGUCAUUUACCCACCCCAGUCUCCCCCAGCGCCUCGUCACCCUCCUAUUAUAGAAAAACCCAGUAGACCCCCACCUAUGCAGCCGACCCCUGCUCCUCUACCUCCUACGCCUCCCCCCUGCCCCCCUCCUCCACCCCAGGAACCCAUCCCUCCCCCACCUAUGAAGCAGACCCCUGCUCCUCUACCUCCCCCACCUCCGCUUGUACAACCUCCAUUCCCACCUGUCCCAGUAUGGCAGGCCCCUGCCCCCAAGCCAGCGCCCUCUCCACCAGUGCAGCCUGCACCACCACCACCUCCCCCCAAAGUCCUGGUGUCCGUUGGCUGUCAAACCGAAUAUGACCCAAUCUUGCCUCCAAUGCAGAUGGCCCAGGGGAAAGGUGGCCCUGGAGGCCCCCCAACGCAGGUCAACAAGCUGGACAACAUGCUCGGCAGCCUGCAGUCUGACCUCCAUAAACUGGGUGUGCAGACCGUGGCCAAGGGAGUGUGUGGGGCCUGCUGUAAACCAAUCGUGGGACAGGUGGUGACUGCCAUGGGGCGCACGUGGCACCCGGAGCACUUUGUGUGUACCCACUGUCAGGAGGAGAUAGGUUCCAGAAACUUCUUUGAGCGUGACGGGGCGCCCUACUGCGAGAAGGACUACCACAACCUGUUCUCCCCACGCUGCCACUACUGCAACGGACCUAUUCUGGAUAAAGUUGUGACUGCGUUGGACAGGACAUGGCAUCCUGAGCACUUCUUCUGUGCUCAGUGUGGAUCAUUCUUUGGCCCAGAGGGCUUCCAUGAGAAGGAUGGGAAGGCGUACUGUAGGAAGGACUACUUUGACAUGUUUGCGCCUAAAUGUGGCGGCUGUGCCCGAGCCAUCCUGGAGAACUACAUCUCUGCACUGAACUCCCUUUGGCAUCCAGAGUGCUUUGUCUGCAGGGAGUGCUUCACCCCAUUUGUGAACGGGAGUUUCUUUGAGCAUGAUGGGCAGCCCUACUGUGAGGUUCACUACCACGAGCGCCGCGGGUCCCUCUGCUCUGGCUGCCAGAAGCCCAUUACGGGCCGCUGCAUCACGGCCAUGGCCAAGAAGUUCCACCCUGAGCACUUUGUUUGUGCCUUCUGCCUCAAGCAGCUCAACAAGGGCACAUUCAAGGAGCAGAAUGACAAGCCCUACUGCCAGGGCUGCUUUGUGAAACUCUUCAGUUAAGGAGUAGAUUGUCUGUGCCUGGAGAUUUGUGUGUGUAUGGGGGAAGUGUCUGUGUAGCUCAGGUAGUGUGUGUGUGCGAGUCAGUUUGAGUGUAUUUUCUGUACUCUGAUGGUGUGCAUAGUUCCAGCAUUCUUCUAUCAGCCCCUGAAGUGUUAUGGACAUCCAUAUCAGGUCUAGGCCUGUCUGCUCUCUCUGAUGCUCAGACUGUCGUAUGAUUUCAAGCCCAAAUAGUUUUGCUUUUGUAAGGAAUAUACGUACAUGGACUAGUGUUUGAGGUUGCUGCUCACUGGUUGAGUGUGUCUUCUGAAACCAUUUGAAAGGUGUCAUGUUAGAGGGAGCAGUUGACCUGUUGUGUUUUUUAUCAUUUGUAUUUGUUUUUUCAACUGCUCAAGUAAAGGCCUUGGUGAUAUUUCUUUCUCUUUUCCUGUCUGAGUAACUGAGAACAGAUGGUUAAAAUUGUCAUUGUAGCAUUGACUGGAAAUAGGCUGUGGGUCAGUCAUUAUUUUAGUACUUGUGACGCAGACGGUUGUGUCAUCAGACCCCUUAAGCCUUGUGACGCACAAUCAUUAAAACCCCCAAACAAGCAUUUGUUGCCUUUUGAUUUUAUGUAUUUGAACGUUUCUAUAAAAUGUGUGUGAGAUUAAUUUACAACAAAUAAUAUUUGACUCCCUUUUAAUGUUUGGAAAAAUAGGAGUCUUAUAAUACAACAGAUGGGUAAUAUUGUAACUUUGUCACUGCCAAUGCCUACCCAGUCCUUUUUAGAGCUUAAACCUUAGCUGGACUGGUUUAGGAGUUGUCUUCUGUUCAGAAAGGGCUCAUGCAGUAUAUAAGAGCAUGCCAUGAUAAACAUUAGAAUGUAUUCUGCAUACAGGAGACAGUUACAUUUUACUGUGAGAAUAUUGUGUACAUUGAAUACAAAGUGCUGGUCAGUUAAUAUUUUUAAUAACCACUCGUUAAGAGAAAUCCUCUAAGACAUUUCAUAGCAGAGAUACUUUUAAACGUUUAACAUCCUUAAAGUUACUGUGCAUUCUAUUCCACUUUUUAAUUAUAUAAAUAGUGCACAAGGUGAAGCCCUGAUGUAAGUACACACAGCUUAAAUGCAAACAAUACUGUAUGCAACUGUAAACAUUGUAUGGUGAACUCAACAACCCCUUGAUUCUAUCCAAGUUACGCUUUCAAGGAAUAUGCCUAUUUUUGUGCCAAUAUAUCAAUGCAAUGUAUUUUACACUGGGGAGACCAGCAAGGUAGCCUACUGUUUAUAGACUGUGAUUCCUGGACUAUCUCUUCAGAGCUCUGUCAGUGAGUCCACUGGAUAAUGUGUUGAUAUUGGUCUGAGUUUAACUCUCUAAAGCUAUGGAGGAAAUGGCUUAUUUAGAGAAGCAUGUGAGUUGCAUCUACUGUACACCAGCUGGGUUUGUGGGCUUGUAGUUUUAUCAUGUAAUGGUUGCAUUACAUCAUUUUUUUGGACCUGUAUCUUGUUCAGGGAUUUACACCCAGAGCCUUUCUGUUUUUAUUUAGAAAAUCAUUUAGCCAUUUUGUCUACACAGAAUUAUUGUAGAAGGCUAUUAUUUAAUCAAACUUUUUUUCCCCUCCUUUCAUUUUAAAUGUCACAGUACUGAAUACUGAUUCAACUCAUUUCAUAUAGGCUAUACUCAAAUAAAAUCUGUUUUUGGUACCAA